AUGCAAGGUAACGUUUUUGUGGACAAAAAGCUUUUCACGCAGUAUGUUUUCAACGGUCUCUCGAACGACAGGCUAUUACCAAAUCCGGAAGGUUUGGGAAAUGAUUAUCCAGCGGAUGAUGAUGGAGACUCUGAAAAAGGUGUCUCAUUUGGGAUUUCAUUAUCUGCACUGCUAGAAUGUCUACAAAUCUUCGGUGCGGAAACUGCAACUAGGGAACGGUGGAAUCAGCCAGCACUCUCUAGUACGAUGGCAACCAGGCCCGCCGCCCUGGGAACCGAACAGGAAAGGAAAUCUGGAAAGUGUACAAUGAUAUAUCAGGGCGAAGGUUAUCCUUUACAAGUUAUUUUGGAGGAAGAUAACCUUUCCACCUCCUGCACUCUCACAACGUAUGAGCCAGAUGACGUGGAAGAGUUUUUACUGGAUCAGCCUCUCACUAAAAAGAUUAUCAUGAAGGCUGACUGGCUCUACGAUGCAAUCCAAGAGUUGGAUGGGUCCUCCCCAGAUCGCCUAAUCAUAUCUGCAAGCCCUUGUCACCCGUUCUUCAGUCUGAGCUCAACAGGCCCUAUGGGAAGCACUAGUGUAGAGUUUUCUAAUGAACGAAGUCUCUUGGAAACAUUCCAGGUUCCUACGCCAGUUCAGAAUAUUUACAAAUUUCAUCUGAUAAAACACGCCGCCCGCGCUAUGGCAAUUGCUACCAAAGUCAGUAUCCGUGGAGACAGCCGAGGAAUUCUAAGCUUGCAAUUCAUGAUUACCAUGAAUAAAGUAAUGAGCUUUGUGGACUUCCGGUAUUUGCCUUUUCAGGGUGACAGUGAUAACGAGGAUUGA